CAGCAAGGAAGCAAUGGCGGCUGUCCUUGAUGCUUUCGCAGCCCGUCUGAUGAACACCAUCCUGGACAUGGGGGAAAAGAAGAUGGGCAUCCUUCUGGGCGUCUCCCAAGAGAUCAACAAGCUGAAAGCCAACGUGGAACCCCUCCGGAACCUCCUCACCGAUGCCGAGAGGAGGCGCAUCAUUGACAGGAGCGUGCAGGCAUGGGUGACCAUGCUCAAGACCGCCAUGUACGAGGCCACUGACAUCCUUGAUCUCUGCCAGCUAGAGGCCUUGGACCGACAGGACAAGCAGCACUCCAGCGGCUUAUGCCUCCGGCUCCGGGAGAAGCUGCCAUUUCUAGGGUGCCUGGGGGAAAAGCUGCAGCCCUUUCUCUUUUGCGUGCAGAACCCUGGAUUCGCCAACGAGGUAGGCAGCCGCAUCAAGAAUCUCAACGAGGAGCUGGCCACCAUCUACCAGGGUGCCGCUAACUUCAACUUCAUUGACCUUGCCUCCUACGAGCAACGGAGGAGGCCGCCGACCUCCUACCCCAGGCCCAGGCGCGAGAAUGCACAGUUUGUCCAGUCAGAUCUUGUGGGUGACCAGAUCAACAAGAAUACAGAACAACUGGAGCAUAUGCUGAUCGCCGACAGACGCCACGAGCAUGACAGCAGCGCCGUCAGGGUGGUGGCCAUAGUUGGCCAAGGCGGCAUAGGCAAGAGCACCCUCGCCAAGAAGAUCUUGGCAAGCGAGGCCAUCAAGGAGGAGUUCAAAAUCAAGAUAUGGCUGAGCGUCACGCAGCAGUUCACCCCGAUGGGCCUGCUAAGGGCCGCCAUCUCCCAUGCCGGGGGGAAUCAUGGCGAUGAGAAGGACGAAACCAUACUUGUGAACGUCCUCACCGACACCCUAUCAAAGAACAAGUUUCUGUUGGUCAUGGAUGAUGUGUGGGACAAAGAAGCAUGGGAAAACGUGCUCCGAACCCCGGUUCUUAAUGCCGCCGAUACACAGCCAGGAAGCCGAGUCUUGGUUACCUCAAGAAAGGCUGGUGUCGUACGGAGCAUGGGAGCUUCCAUCCUGCGUGUCAACACACUAAACGAUGAAGAUGCUUGGUGUUUGCUAAAGAAACAGCUGCCACAGCCACAGGUCGGUGUUGAAAGAGAUUUUGAUGAGCUGAAAGAUAUUGGGAUGAAGAUUGUAAAAAAAUGUGAUGGGCUACCACUUGCCAUUAAAGUUAUGGGUGGACUCUUAAGCAAGAGGGAUCCUAAGGAACAUGACUGGGAGAUUGUUUUGCACAAGAAUCUUGGGUGGAAAGAAGAAGAUGGGUCACAAGGGGAACUAAACUACUCAGUAUGCUUGAGCUACGAUGAUUUAUCUCCAGAUUUGAAGCAAUGCUUUCUCUACUAUGCACUUUUGCCAAAGGGUUCAGGUUAUAGAAAGAAAAGAAUUAUUAGCAUGUGGAUUAGUGAAGGGUUUGUUCAGCAUGAUGAGAGGUCAGGGUCAGACCAAGUCGAUCUAGAAGAAAUAGGGGCCGAGUAUCAUCAGGAGUUGGAGGGUAGGAAUCUUUUGGAGCCUGAUGAUUCAAAUAGGAACAGGUGGGAGUACACUCUGCAUGAUGUUGUCCGCUCAUUUGCCCAAUUUAUGGCUAAAGAAGAAGCUUUCGUGGUUCAGAAGGAUCAAGUUGACAUUAGAAAUGUUGUUCCAGAAAAUAAAUAUUUCUGCCGUCUCUCAAUAAAAGCAACUCAUUCAGAACUAGAGUGGACCAUCCUAGAGAAGCAAAAAAGAUUGAGGACGUUAUUAUUGAUAGGAUGUAAGAUUAAACCUGGUGGUUCAUUGAGGAAUUUUGCUAGUCUACGGGUAUUGGAUAUAAGCUCCGAGGAAUCUGAUGGGUUAGUGGACUGUUUGUGUGAGCUGAGGCACCUAAGAUACCUGGCAUUCUCCAAUGCAAACAUAUGUAGGCUUCCCGGUGAGAUCCAUAAGAUGAGGUUCCUUGAGCACAUUCAGCUCGAUGGCUGUACAAAGUUGGAAAACCUCCCUAACAGCAUCACAAAACUAGCAUGUUUAAGAUAUCUUGACUUGCGUGGGUCCAGUGUAGAUGUUAUACCAAGAGGGUUCGGUGGUUUAACAAAUUUGAGAAGCCUUCAUGGCUUCCCAGUAAAGACGGAUGGGGGCUGGUGCAGUUUAGAAGAGCUGGGGGCUCUUUCACGUCUUGGAUUUCUUUCAGUCCGAAGUAUAGAAAAUGUGGCUGGCAGUUGUGUGGCUAAAAGGGCCAUGAUUAGCAACAAGAAGAAUCUAGAAUAUUUGGAGUUAAGUUGCUACAAGGAUGAUGGGGUAGAGCAACAGGAGAGGAUAGAGUCUGUAUUUGAUGAGCUGUGCCCUUCAGCUGCUAGAUUGGAGACACUAAUAAUAUCAAGAUAUUUUGGUCGUCGGCUACCAAAUUGGUUGCAGUCCCCAGCGGCAACAACCUUUAAGAGCUUGAAGCUUAUUGAUCUAAUGCACAUAACCCACUGCACCCGACUACCUGAUGGUUUGUGCAGGAUCCACGGUUUGGAAGAGCUGAGGGUCAUAGAUGCUCCAGCCAUCGAGCAUGUCGGGCCUGAGUUCCAGUCCCAGACCCAUGAAGAUGCAGCAAGGAGGGGAGAUGGAGGUGCCGCAUUCCCGAACCUGAGGAGACUGGUGUUGGGUGGGCUUUCCGGAUGGAAGGAGUGGGGCUGGGAGGAUGAGGAGCAGAGCAAAGUCAUAGCCAUGCCAGGUCUGGAGUUUCUCCACCUCAGGGACUGCAAGCUGACACACCUUCCCCCAGGCCUUGCUAGUGACCGCAGGCAUAAUCUGAGAACCAUUCAUCUACGGGAUCUCUCGCUCCUGGAGUAUGUGGGGAAUUUCCCCUGUGUUGUGGAGCUCUGUGUGUACUCCUGCCCUGAGCUGAGGAGGAUCAGCGGCCUCGCCAAGCUGCGGACGGUCGACAUAUUGGAUUGCCCAAAGCUGAAGCUGCUGGAGGGUGUCGAAGCGCUGGAGAGCCUGGAGCUGGAUUGGGAACACUGGGAGGUUAGUGGGCGUGGAGCAGAUGCGAGGUGCACACCCAAGGCCAAGGCCAAGCAGGGACAUCAAGACUGUGAGCUCCCACAAGACUUUGUUAUAAGCAGGUAG